GCGUAGUCGGAGCCGAUCGGCGGUCUAAGCUGUACCGUAAAGAGUAGCUUUUCCACCUCUGCGCCGCUCUCAGUCGCUUCGCUUCCACCUGGCACGCCCGAUUCGAACCGAAGCUCUCCGAGUGGACGCGUUAAUGUGCCGGUCACCGUGGGGCCCAUCCUCCGGAACGAUUACUGUUGCUUUUCGUGUCCCAUUCCCUAUCGUCGUGCCGCGGCGAUCUUUCCUUUUUCCACGUUCAGUCGGAUCCACGAGCGUCGACCUCCUCCGGUAAUCCCCCUGGUGUCAGGUCGGACAUGAAAAGCGCGCUUCACGUCGCGUCCGAAGUGCAGUGCAGUGCCUCUUCUUCUUCCUCCUCUUCUCCUUCUUCUUAAUGGAGUGUGCCGACGUAUAGCCGCUUUUCGUCGUGUUUCUCGUUACUCGCACAGGCGGAGUGCCGACAACCACGACUUGAGAGAUGGUCAUCGUCACGCGGGGAGACUACAUAUGGAUCGAACCAAUCUCUGGGAGGGAAUUUGACGUAGCGAUCGGGGCACGAGUGAUCUCCGCGGAAGGCAGGCGCAUUCAAGUGAAAGACGACGAUAACAAGGAACAAUGGCUGACUCCGGAGAGGCGGAUAAAGGCGAUGCACGCUACUUCCGUGCAGGGUGUAGAGGAUAUGAUCAGCCUAGGAGACCUCCAUGAAGCGGGAAUCCUUCGAAACUUGCUGAUACGCUACAAUGAGAACCUGAUAUACACUUACACCGGCUCGAUCCUCGUCGCAGUGAACCCCUACCAAAUUCUGCCGAUAUACACCGCGGAGCAGAUCAAGCUGUACAAGGAUCGUAAAAUCGGAGAGCUGCCGCCCCACAUAUUCGCGAUCGGCGACAACAGUUACGCGCACAUGAACCGAUACGGACAGGAUCAAUGUAUAGUGAUCAGCGGCGAAAGCGGAGCCGGCAAAACGGAAAGUACGAAACUAAUUUUGCAAUAUUUGGCAGCGAUCAGCGGCAAGCACUCGUGGAUCGAACAGCAAAUUUUGGAAGCGAAUCCCAUCCUGGAAGCAUUCGGCAACGCCAAGACAGUGAGGAACGACAACUCGUCCCGGUUCGGCAAGUACAUCGACAUACACUUCAACGAGCAGGGCGUGAUAGAGGGUGCUAAGAUCGAGCAGUAUCUGUUGGAAAAGUCUCGAAUAGUCUCGCAAAGCUUGGACGAAAGGAAUUACCACAUAUUCUACUGCAUGUUGGCCGGCCUGUCGAAGGAGGAGAAGCUGAAGCUGGAGCUGGAGGAGGCGUCCUCGUACAAGUACUUGACAGGGGGGGACAGCAUCACGUGCGAGGGUCGAGACGAUGCUGCGGAAUUCGCGGACAUCAGGUCAGCGAUGAAGGUUCUCUUGUUCUCCGACACGGAGAUAUGGGAAGUUUUGAAGCUACUCGCUGCCCUGCUGCACAUCGGGAACGUCAAGUACAGGGCCACUGUUGUAGACAAUCUGGACGCCACCGAGAUACCGGAACAGACGAACGUAAGAAGGGUGGCGCAGCUGCUGGGCGUGCCAGUUCAAUCUCUGAUAGACGCGCUCACCCGCAGAACGAUAUUUGCUCACGGUGAGACGGUUGUAUCCACGCUGUCCAGGGAACAGUCGGUGGACAUACGGGACGCGUUCGUCAAGGGGAUCUACGGCCGGUUGUUCGUGCAUAUCGUGAAAAAGAUCAACGAGGCGAUUUACAGGCCGAAGAACACGUCCCGCAGCGCGAUAGGGGUGCUGGACAUCUUCGGAUUCGAGAACUUCAACCACAACAGCUUCGAGCAGUUCUGCAUCAACUACGCGAACGAGAAUCUCCAGCAGUUCUUCGUGCAGCACAUCUUCAAGCUGGAGCAGGAGGAGUACAACCACGAGGGGAUCAACUGGCAGCACAUAGAGUUCGUCGACAAUCAGGACGCGCUGGACCUGAUAGCGAUCAAGCAGCUGAACAUCAUGGCGCUGAUCGACGAGGAGUCCAAGUUCCCGAAGGGAACCGAUCAGACGAUGCUCGCGAAGAUACACAAGACCCACGGUACCCACCGCAACUACCUGAAGCCGAAGUCCGAUAUCAACACGUCGUUCGGGCUGAACCACUUCGCCGGCGUGGUGUUCUACGACACCAGGAGUUUCCUCGAGAAGAACCGGGACACGUUCAGCGGCGACCUGCUGCAGCUGAUCCACAUAUCGUCCAACAAAUUCCUCCAAGCCUGCUUCGCCGAGGAUAUAGGGAUGGGCUCCGAGACCCGGAAAAGGGCGCCCACCUUGUCCACUCAGUUCAAGAAGUCCCUGGACUCGUUGAUGAAGACCCUGUGCAGCUGUCAGCCUUUCUUCAUCAGGUGCAUCAAGCCGAACGAGUACAAGAAGCCGAUGAUGUUCGACAGGGGGCUCUGUUGCCGGCAGCUCAGAUACUCCGGCAUGAUGGAGACGAUCCGCAUCCGCAGGGCUGGCUAUCCGAUCAGGCACUCCUUCUCGGAGUUCGUCGAAAGAUACCGGUUCCUCAUCCCCGGCGUGCCGCCGUCGCACAAGGUGGACUGCCACGCGGCCACCUCGAGGAUCUGCCACGCGGUGCUGGGGCGGUCCGACUACCAGCUCGGCCACACCAAAGUUUUCCUGAAAGACGCCCACGACCUGUUCCUGGAGCAAGAGCGCGACCGAGUCCUCACGCGCAAGAUCCUGAUACUGCAGCGCAACAUCCGCGGCUGGGUCUACCGCAGGCGAUUCCUCCGCAUGAGGGCAGCGGCGACGGUGGUGCAGAAGUACUGGCGCGGCUACGCGCAGCGGCAGCGCUACAAGCGUAUGAGGAUCGGCUACAUGAGGCUGCAGGCGUUGAUCAGGUCGCGAGUGUUGUCGCAUCGUUUCAGGCACCUCAGGGGACACAUCGUGGCGCUGCAGGCGCGGGCGAGGGGCUACCUGGUGCGCAGAAUGUACCAGAAGAAGCUGUGGGCGAUCGUCAAGAUACAGGCGCACGUUCGGCGGCUCAUCGCGCAGAGGCGGUACAAGAAGAUCAAGUACGAGUACCGGUUGCACGUGGAGGCGCUCAGGCUGCGGAAGAAGGAGGAGCGCGAGCUGAAGGACCAAGGCAACAAGAGGGCGAAGGAGAUCGCGGAGCAGAACUACCGGGAACGGAUGCAGGAGCUGGAGAGGAAGGAGAUCGAGAUGGAGCUCGAGGACAGGCGCAGGAUGGAGAUCAAGAAGAACCUGAUCAACGACGCGGCGAAGAAGCAGGAUGAACCUGUCGACGACAGCAAGCUGGUCGAGGCGAUGUUCGACUUCUUGCCGGACUCCAGCAGCGAGGCGCCCACGCCCGCCAGGGAGACGUCCGUGUUCAACGACCUGCCCGCGCCGAAGGCUGACCAGCAGGAGAUCAUCAGCCCGAUUCAGACCGCUUCGGAGGACGAGGAGGACCUGUCCGAGUUCAAGUUCCAGAAGUUCGCUGCCACCUAUUUCCAGGGGAACAUCACGCAUCAGUACUCGAGGAAACCGCUGAAGCACCCGUUGCUGCCGUUGCACACGCAGGGCGACCAGCUCGCCGCGCAAGCGCUCUGGAUCACGAUACUCAGAUUCACGGGCGACUUGCCGGAGCCCAGGUUCCACACGAUGGACAGGGACACGACUUCCGUAAUGUCGAAGGUGACGGCGACGCUGGGCCGCAAUUUCAUCCGCAGCAAAGAGUUCCAAGAGGCUCAGAUGAUGGGGGUGGACCCGGAGACCUUUCUCAGGCAGAAGCCGCGAUCCAUCAGGCACAAGCUGGUCUCGCUCACGCUGAAGAGGAAGAACAAACUCGGCGAGGAUGUGCGGCGGAAGCUGCAGGAGGACGAGUACACGGCGGACAGCUACCAGUCCUGGCUGGAGGCUAGGCCGACGUCGAACCUGGAGAAGCUGCACUUCAUCAUCGGCCACGGGAUACUGCGCGCCGAGCUGCGCGACGAGAUCUACUGCCAGAUCUGCAAGCAGCUAACGAACAACCCUUCCAAGUCGUCGCACGCUCGCGGCUGGAUCCUGUUGUCGCUGUGCGUCGGUUGCUUCGCCCCGUCCGAGAAGUUCGUCAACUACCUGCGCGCGUUCAUCAGGGAAGGUCCGCCGGGCUACGCGCCGUACUGCGAGGACCGAUUGAAGAGGACGUUCAACAACGGGACGCGGAACCAGCCGCCCAGCUGGCUGGAGCUCCAGGCGACCAAAUCGAAGAAGCCGAUCAUGCUGCCGAUCACCUUCAUGGACGGGAACACGAAGACGCUGCUGGCCGACUCCGCGACCACCGCCAGGGAACUCUGCAACCAACUGUCCGACAAGAUAUCUUUACGCGAUCAGUUCGGCUUCUCGCUUUACAUCGCCCUGUUCGACAAGGUGUCGUCGCUGGGCAGCGGCGGGGACCACGUGAUGGACGCGAUCUCGCAGUGCGAGCAGUACGCGAAGGAGCAGGGCGCGCAGGAACGGAACGCGCCGUGGAGAUUGUUCUUCCGCAAGGAGAUAUUCGCGCCUUGGCACGAGCCAACCGAAGACCAGGUAGCCACCAAUCUGAUCUACCAGCAGGUGGUCAGGGGGGUCAAGUUCGGCGAGUACCGGUGCGACAAGGAGGAAGACCUAGCGAUGAUCGCUGCCCAGCAGUACUACAUAGAGUAUCACAUGGACAUGAACGUCGACAGGCUUUACACUCUGCUGCCCAAUUACAUUCCGGAUUACUGUUUAACCGGUAUCGACAAGGCGAUCGACAGGUGGGGACACCUCGUUCUGCAAGCGUACAAAAAGAGCUACUAUCUGAAGGAGAAGGUGCCAGCGUUACGCGUCAAAGAGGACAUAGUCGGCUACGCGAAGUUCAAGUGGCCCCUAUUGUUCUCCCGCUUCUACGAGGCGUACAGGAACUCCGGGCCGAACCUGCCGAAGAACGACGUGAUCAUAGCGGUGAACUGGACCGGUGUGUACGUCGUGGACGAUCAAGAGCAGGUGCUCCUGGAAUUGUCCUUCCCCGAGAUCACCACCGUAUCUAGUCAGAAAACGAACAAAAUGUUCACGCAGACGUUCAAUUUGUCCACGGUGCGAGGCGAAGAGUUCACGUUCCAAAGCCCGAACGCCGAAGAUAUCCGCGAUCUGGUGGUGUACUUCUUGGAGGGCCUGAAGAAGCGCAGCAAGUUCGUGAUCGCGCUGCAGGAUUACAAGGCGCCGGGUGAGAGCUCGUCGUUCCUGAGCUUUCAGAAGGGAGAUCUUAUCGUGCUAGAGGAAGAGAGCACCGGCGAGACCGUCCUAAAUUCGGGCUGGUGCAUCGGCACCUGCGAGAGAACCACCGAGAAGGGUGAUUUUCCCGCGGAGACCGUUUACGUUCUGCCUUCACUGAGCAAACCGCCGAACGACAUACUGUCCUUGUUCAGCAUCGAAGGAACGGAAAACGGUCGCAAACUGUAUCCGCAACAGGUGAACGGAGUGGAGCCUCGCGACAAGCCGCACACCCUCCUGGAGUACGCUAUCGACCAUUUUCGGACUCCGCCAAAAAGAACAAUGUCGAAGGCGCUAACGUUGACGACCGCCCGCCGCGGGCACACCGACGAGCUGUGGCACCACUCCAGGGACCCGAUAAAGCAGCCGCUUCUAAAAAAGUUAACGUCGAAGGAAGAACUGGCCGAGGAGGCGUGUUUCGCGUUCAACGCCAUGCUCAAGUACAUGGGCGACCUACCUACGAAGAGACCGCGCGUCGGCAACGAGUACACGGACCUCAUCUUCGACGGGCCCCUCAAGAACGAGAUCCUCCGGGACGAGAUCUACUGCCAGAUCAUGAAACAGCUCACGGACAACCGGAACAGACUAAGCGAGGAGCGAGGCUGGGAACUGAUGUGGCUCGCCACCGGGCUUUUCACCUGCAGCCAAAGCCUUUUGAAGGAACUCACUCUGUUUUUGCGCACGAGGCGGCAUCCCAUAUCCCAAGACUCUCUGCAAAGGCUGCAAAAAACCUUGCGAAACGGCCAACGGAAGUACCCCCCGCACCAAGUAGAGGUGGAAGCUAUACAACACAAAACCACGCAGAUAUUUCACAAAGUCUAUUUCCCAGACGACACGGACGAAGCGUUCGAGGUCGAUUCGUCGACGAGGGCGAAGGACUUCUGCCAGAACAUCGCGCAAAGGCUGAACCUGCGGUCGGCGGAAGGGUUCAGUUUGUUCGUCAAGAUCGCGGACAAAGUUAUCUCGGUCCCGGAAGGCGACUUUUUCUUCGACUUUGUACGACAUCUCACGGACUGGAUCAGGAAAGCUCGGCCGUCCCGCGAUGGCGUGCCGCCCCAGUUUACCUACCAAGUGUUCUUCAUGAAGAAGUUGUGGACCAACACCGUGCCCGGCAAGGACAGAAACGCCGACCUCAUUUUCCAUUUCCACCAAGAGCUUCCUAAACUGUUACGAGGCUAUCACAAAUGCACCAAGGAGGAGGCGUCGAGAUUGGCAGCGUUAGUGUACAGAGUCCGUUUCGGCGAGAGCAAGCAAGAACUUCAAGCGAUCCCGCAAAUGCUGAGAGAACUGAUACCCGGUGAUCUGGUAAAGAUACAGAGCUCUAACGAUUGGAAGAGAUCGAUAAUAGCGGCGUACAAUCAGGAUGCUGGAAUGAGUCCAGAGGACGCCAAGAUCACAUUCCUGAAAAUCGUCUAUAGAUGGCCGACGUUCGGUUCAGCCUUCUUCGAAGUAAAACAAAGUACAGAACCAAACUAUCCAGAACUAUUACUCAUUGCAAUCAACAAACACGGAGUCAGCCUGAUACAUCCGCAAACAAAGGAUAUACUAGUGACGCAUCCUUUCACCAGAAUCUCAAAUUGGUCGUCAGGUAACACUUACUUCCACAUGACGAUCGGCAACCUGGUACGAGGCUCGAAGCUACUGUGCGAGACCUCGCUCGGUUACAAAAUGGACGACCUUCUAACCUCGUACAUCUCCUUGAUGCUCACCAACAUGAACAAACAGCGAACGAUACGGAUAAAGUAAACACCUCCGCGUCCGCGUUCGUUUCGUCCACGUCCCGCGAGUGUCCUCCUCGCGAGAAUGGCGCGCACGUGCGCGCGAACCGAGUCAUAAACGCUGAAAGUGAUUUCGCGCGAGUUGCGAGUCUUCUUUACCGUUGCAUACUACCGAGGGAGCUCGUUUAACAGACGAAAGCGUCGCUUUAUCUUAUUCGUAAAGAACCGCCGCGCCCGAACCGGCGCGGCUUAUAGACGUACGCUAUAAUUACUCGGUGAACACGGUCGACGCGUCGUCAUUUUCAUACUCAUCCGUUGUUGAUUUAACCGUCUCGUCCCGUUCCGUCGUUCACAAGAAAACCCGGCAGAUGAAAGGAAAACCGUGACAACGCACGUGUACACAAACGAUUAGCUGAAAAAUUGUAUAUGAUUUAUUUACAAAUAAGAUUUUCAUAUAGUUUUGUAAAAUAUUAUUUUAAUAUAUAUAGGAGAUAUAAUUAAAGAAUUUUUCACGCUCAAACGUACCGCCCAACGUCGUUUCGAGAUAAAUCUUCUUUUCUUUUCUUUUCUUUUGUUUUCAUUUUUUUUUUCUCUCUUUUUGCUACAACUUAAAAACGAUACACGAUCGAACGAAUCCCAGGCCGACGAACGUUCCUCCGAAAAUUGAGCAGCACUAAAGGAAAAAAUUACGCACGGAUGCACUUACAUUUAUUCGAGAUUAUGUUUCCGGUAGAACGAACCGCGAGCAAUGAAUUUAUUCGUUGAUCAUCCGUCCAAUGAUACGAGUAACGAUGUAAUUAUUAUUAAGUCGCAAUUUAUUACUGUGAAUAAAGAUAAUCGUGUUCUUCAGGUACUCGGUGCAAAUUUUAAUCGUGGGUAAAUUCCCAUGGAAUACAUAUACCGACAUUCCUCUUUCACAAUGGAUCUCUUCGGGAAGACAAUUCCCA